AUGCGGAGGCAGAGGAAUAUGAUUGCGGCCGGAGUGUAUUCUGAUGGCAGGGCUGCGCAGAGUCAGGACUGUGUACCGACUGUUGAGGUGGCAUGUUUUCUACCAGCUGAGUAUUUGAAUGCAUCUCGUCUUGUCAGCGUAGAGGUGCGUGCUGGUAAGAAACUCAGUAUCUCUCUGAAGGGCCUCUAUGAAUACUCUGACUGCCAAUGGAUCCGAGGAACUGACGCAGUAAAAGCAAUGAGUUUCAGUGACUCCAUCAUCCUACCACCUCUGUCUGGGACAGAUUCUGGGGAAUACACGCUGAGCUGUGAGGCCGGCAAUGGGACCAGAUUCUCACUGUCUGUUGCUCUGCAUGUAGUGAUGACACGUCCCACAAAACCACAGCUGAUACUAACCGAUACAGAGAACGAUAAGAAAUCCCCUUUAUUUAAGUGCAAAUCUACAGGCUCCCCAAAGCCCACCCUCAAAUGGUUUAAAAACGUUGAUGGGACAAAUUUUGGUGGAAACAUUGAAACUGCAGAGAGCACAAUAACGUCUGUUGACUAUAUUAAUAGAGGAGUGAUGUGUUGUGCUACUAACCCUGAAGGACAAGAAUGCUCCCAACUGUAUGACCUAGAUAUUAACACCAUGGGAAAUAAGGUUUCUAACGUGACCCUGACUCCUGGUCAGUCUUUACUACUUCGCUGCCGACAACAUCGUAAGCCAUUUACGUAUUCUUCGUUAAUGUGGGAGAAAGGCACCACAAGCAUAGAUCCCAAGACAUCAGGAUGCCUUUCUAAAAACAAAGAGGAGAUUUGCAUUGAAAAGGAUGGACAUUCAACCAGUCAGAUGGCCUACCUGUUAAUCGAAUCAGUCAGUGUGAACCACACUGGCAUAUAUACCUGCAGGAAUCAAGUCAACAAAACAAAGUCUGUUAAUAUUUCUGUCCAAGCCAAAGAUUUCCUCUCUGUUAAGCUGGAUGACAGAAGAAUUGUACAAGCAUCCAACUCCUGCUUGCAAGCUAAUGUAUCCUACCAACCGAUACUGCAGCGCUGUACCUGGGAGGAUCCUGAUAAAAUUAGGACUAAAUGCACCAGGGAAGAAUGGGUAACAAUGCACAGGAAUGUGACGCUAUGUAAUCAUCUCAAAUCUGGAGAAUAUAAGUUGCACUUAGAGGCUGGAGGACAAAAAGAAACAAAGACUGUAUCUGUGUGUGUUAUAGACAAACCAAAGUUCAAUUUUAAAACGGUUGAUAAUAACUUUACCAUUGAGACCUGGAGCCAUGUGCCAGCAAAUUAUUCUUGGAUGUCUUGUUCCACCAAUGUCAGCUGUGAAACCGACUUUGACUGGAAGGAGGUCAACGGCACUGCUCAAACAGACUCAGAAGUCUCCUGUAACAAGACAAUCAAGAGCUCAGUCAGCAGACAGAAGGUGGAUGGAGAAGACCAGAUAAAGUUUUGCAUUACUACCUUGGUUGGCUCUGAGUGCAAAAUAUUCCCAGUAUAUAAAUGGCCUUCACCUCAACAGUCCAUUGGUUCUUCUCCUCCUGUGAACGACAACUCGACGGUGCUGAGAACAGUCUGUUUUGGCCUGCUGUCGGCUUUGAUUGGUGUCAGCAUGGUGCUCACGUACUUUGUCAAAAAGAAGAAACCCCAGUAUCAGCCCCAGCUUCAGAUGCUCCAGAUGGUUGGGCCCAAUGACAAUGAUUACAUUUACAUCAACUUCAAGGACUUUGAGUAUGACUCAAAAUGGGAGUUUCCAAGGGAGAACCUGGAAUUAGGUAAAGCACUGGGCUCUGGGGCUUUUGGAAUGGUGGUCCAGGCUACAGCUUAUGGCAUUAACAAGCCAGGAGUCUCUCAGCAGGUGGCUGUCAAGAUGCUUAAAGAUAAACACCAGACUGUGGAGAAAGAGGCUCUGAUGUCAGAGCUCAAGAUGCUGACUCACAUUGGUCACCAUGCCAACAUUGUUAACCUGCUUGGGGCAUGCACAGACACAGGACCCAUAUAUCUGAUCUUCCAGUACUGCUGUCAUGGUGAUUUGCUGAACUACCUGAAGAACAACAGUAAGCGCUACCACAAGUCUGUGACUGACGCUUUCAACAAGGACCGUUUCAGGAGCCUUUACCACAACCUGCAGCCAAGAAAAAUCUCCAGUGAGAAACAAACAACUGUGGACAACUACGUGCCCAUGUAUAGUUCUACCACUAGAGGGCAGGAGGACAUCGCCCUCCUCACCAUCAACAGUAACAUGGACAGCUUUGAAGACCCAGCGAUCUUUGAAAACCUAGAUGAUCAGACAGAAGAUCUGGAGGCCCUGACCUUUGAUGACCUGCUGAGCUUUGCCUACCAAGUGGCAAAAGGCAUGGAUUUCCUCUGUGGGAAAAAUUGUAUCCAUCGGGACCUGGCAGCUCGAAACGUGUUAGUGACAAAGGGCAGGAUGGUGAAAAUUGGUGACUUUGGACUGGCCCGGGACAUCGACAACGACUCCAAUUAUGUUGUGAGAGGAAAUGUGCGUUUGCCAGUGAAAUGGAUGGCACCGGAGAGCAUCUUUCAGGGGAUGUACACCAUGAAGAGUGAUGUGUGGGCUUAUGGCAUCCUGCUCUGGGAAAUCUUCUCACUAGGUGUCACUCCUUACCCAGACAUGAAGGUGGAUCACGUGUUCUACUCAAUGAUCGAGAAAGGAUUUAAAAUGGAGUGUCCAUAUUAUGCCAACCAGUCUGUGUAUGAGAUUAUGUGUAAGUGUUGGGCCCUGGAUGCCUGCCAACGCCCUUCCUUCUCCAAAAUUGUGUCUUUCAUGUCUGGCAUGCUGACAGACAGAGAGGAAAAGCUCUACCAUAACAUGCUCAACGACUACUCCUGCGACUACCAGAACGCAUCAUUCACUUUGGACAUUUCCGCCUUGACAAAACAGAACGAGAACAAGACGCAGUCAGUUAAUGUCUACUGUAAGGCUCACGCGACUGAAGAAAGCAAAGUAGAAGUUUGCGACUCAGACACUGUGGAAGCUGAAGAAGAAUUUCUGAAGACAUCUGGUACGGAGUGAUCACUUAUCAAUCUUUGUCAUCUGACAUUCAAACAAUUUUGUAAAUAUUUUAAAGCAGGGUACAUAUUUCUCAUUGAAAUACAGUUACAAUACAAUGCAAUUCCUUUGUAAGCUAUUAUCUGAAUGCAUAAAACAUAUGUAGCAUAUAUUUUACAAUUGUUUUUUCACAAACUGCAGACCAUAGAUUUUUACUUAUGUUAUAUUCUCACUAGGAAAAUAUGUUGUAAAUACCAUAUUUUUGUAUUUUUAGGGGGUUAUUUUGUGCAGCUAAAAAUUAAAAUCAGGUUUCAUGAAAUUAUAAAUAUUCUCAGGACUUUUUAGGCCUUUACACUGUAGCAACUGAUGAACUUUUUUUUAAAACAAAUAUGUAUUAUAUAUCACAUUGUUAAUUCACAUAUGGGAACUUUUUGCUUUAAUAUAUUUUUAGGCUGGGAAAUGUAUGAUUUGAAAUAUUUUCAUGGAUCUUUUUACAGUACCGUAUCAUGUUUAAGCAUUAUACCUGCAAUAAAAUGUACUAUAUUAAACGAAAAACU